AAGCGGGAAAAAAUUUUGAGAAAUUAUAUGGCUAAAAAAAUCGUAAUAUAGAAACUAAUUUUGAAUUCUAAUUCUUUCAAAUUAGCAUUUCAUAUUUCUUUGUAUUGUUAUUUUUUUAUUUAUUAUUUUUUUUCAUAUCUGCGCUUUUUUCUCGUAUUCUGACUUUUCUAAGAAAUUUGCCUAGUAUUUCAUACAAUCAUGGUCUGGUUAGUGCCGCCGCCCCCCUCAGGCUGCAAGCAAGGACCACUGCUGCUGUCACGUGUUUGUGCUCAUGAUUUAUUAUGCUUUUUGGGCCUGUUUGUACGGGACGCAGCAACAGCCGGUGACCUUGUGGGGAGGAGAAAGGUCUAAGGGAGUAGGUGAACUAGGGAUAGGGACGUUGGGGGGAGAAAAUUUUGCGGGGGUUGGGGGCUGCUAGAUCAGCUAUAUAUUGUGGGCCGGACGAUGUGGAUGCAGCAGGAAGCAACAGUUCAACUCCUCGGCAACAUGAAGCUCUUGGUGAUCUUGGCGGUGGUCGCGAGCUGCAAGGCUCAGCUCAUUCUUCCCGUCAUGGGGCCGAUGCAGCAGCGCAUCGAGACCCCCACAGGGCCCAUGGCAUUCAUGUUCACUGACUGGAACCAGAAUCGUCAGGAGAUGCAGCUGGGUGGUGGCAACGUCGUCGGACAGUAUUCCUACAUCGAUCCCAAUGGAAAACCCGUGGUGACUUACUACUCUGCUGGCAGGCACGGGUUUAAGGUUAGCAGUAACAACCUCCCAGAAGCACCUGCUCUAAGCCCCAAUUUCAAGGCUCCUGAGCCCGUCAAAGACACUCCUGAGGUGGCGGAAGCCAAGCAGGUGAUGGCAGACUUGCACAAGGCAGCCACCAGCCGCACUAAGCGACAGGCAGUGGCCCGUCCCUUGAUGUAUUCAGUCAACACUAAUCCCUGGAUGUAUUCAUUCAACACUCAUGCCACCCCUUACGCUUCUUACAACCCAUUCUACAGCUCACUCAUGAACCCCACGCCCUUCAUGCCAGCCACCUCCUGGAUCACGAAUCAGCCAGCCAUCGAGGCCGUAAAGAAAUCCCGCAAACGCCGUGAAGCCGACCCCUUGAUGCCCCUCAUGUACUCCAUGACUCCUGCCGUGGUGCGCACCAAGCAGCUCACGCCCGUGGAGGGAGACACGCCUGCCGACACCACCCAACUCAAGAUGACCACCGUCGAGCACAAGGUGCCUAUGGCCGCCAUGCCCGUCAUGUCCGCCAUGGGCUGGCCGAGCGCCAGACCCAUAACUUAUAGCCUCAUGAACCCAGCCAUCCUGCCCAUCAACAUCUAAAACCUGGAAUCCCUUACAUGUUUCAGGCACUGGUCGGGUCCGACAAAAGCUUUUUUUUUUUUUCCUUUCUCCUCUUUCAUACUAGCAAAACAAUUUUCAACCACUUGUUCGAGGCGCUUUGGCGAAGCUUCCUGGAGUGUUCCGGUGGCUUUUGCUACUACGUCUGAUUACUUCUGCAUUAGAAAAGACAAUAAAAAUGACUACAUCAA